GUGCGGACACUGGUUGCUUUACGUCGAGUGGGGGUUGCUCGGCUUCAUCAUGUACUCCAAUAGACUCGAGCUGCCCCGAAGAGGUCGAUCCUUCGACUCCGUGAGCUCCAACUUGGAUGAGAAUCAGCUCAGCAAUCUCUCAUCUCCCCCGAUCCUGAAUGGGAUCUUCAAACCAAACUAUACUGCAAAUGAAGAUAAUAAAGAGAACAAGGACAAUUCAUCUGAAAGGAGUAGAGCUGCUAUUAUUUUCUCCUUAAAGAAUGAAGUUGGAGGACUUGUCAAAGCCCUAAAACUCUUUCAGGAAAAACAUGUGAAUUUGGUGCACAUUGAAUCUCGAAAAUCCAGAAGACGAAAUUCAGAAUUUGAGAUCUUUAUUGACUGUGAUAGCAACAGGGAACAGCUAGAUGAAGUCUUCCAUCUCUUGAAAUCCCAUGUGAACUUUGUGACUGUGAACCCAAUCAACAAUUUUACCGUACAGGAAGAUGAUAUGGAAAAUAUACCCUGGUUUCCUAAGAAGAUCUCAGAUUUGGAUAAAUGUGCAAACCGCGUUCUGAUGUAUGGAUCAGACCUGGAUGCAGACCAUCCAGGUUUCAAAGACAACGUUUAUCGCAAGAGACGGAAGUAUUUUGCGGACCUGGCUAUGAAUUACAAACAUGGUGAUCCAAUUCCCAAAGUCAAAUUCACUGAGGAGGAAAUCAAGACUUGGGGUACAGUAUUUCGGGAGCUCAAUCAACUGUAUCCAACCCAUGCAUGCAGAGAGUAUCUGAAAAAUCUGCCUUUGCUUUCAAAGUACUGUGGGUAUCGAGAAGACAACAUACCCCAGCUAGAGGAUGUGUCCCGUUUUCUCAAAGAGCGCACUGGAUUUACCAUCCGCCCUGUUGCUGGAUACCUAUCGCCCAGGGAUUUCUUGGCAGGCUUAGCAUUCAGAGUAUUUCACUGCACUCAGUAUGUUCGGCACAGUUCAGAUCCUCUUUACACACCAGAACCGGAUACUUGUCAUGAGCUUUUGGGCCAUGUUCCUCUUCUGGCUGAACCCAGUUUUGCUCAGUUCUCACAGGAAAUUGGAUUGGUAUCACUUGGAGCCUCAGAUGAAGCUGUUCAAAAACUGGCCACUUGCUACUUUUUCACAGUGGAGUUUGGCUUAUGCAAACAAGAAGGGCAGCUGAGAGUCUAUGGAGCUGGUUUGCUCUCUUCUAUUAGUGAACUGAAGCAUGCACUCUCUGGAAGUGCCAGAGUCAAGCCUUUUGAACCUAGUGUCACCUGCAAGCAAGAAUGCAUGAUUACUACUUUCCAGGAAGUUUACUUCAUUUCUGAAAGCUUUGAAGAUGCGAAAGAAAAAAUGAGAGAGUUUGCAAAGACAAUCAAACGCCCAUUUGGAGUGAGUUACAGUCCAUAUACCCAAAGUGUUCAGAUCCUGAAAGAUCCACGAAGUAUUGCUCAUGUGGUGAAUGAGCUACGCCAUGAACUGGACGUUGUCAGUGAGGCCCUUGGCAAGAUGGACAAGCAGCUGGGAGUCUAAUCUGUCUAACAGCCUUUCUGCAUUCAGUAGCUGUGGAUUCCCCCCCCCCCCCACAUAUUACUGCUUAUGUGCUUUAUGCAGAAUGCUUCUUCCCAAAAUGAUCAAUGAAAGGGAAAUAUUUUUGUUUUAAUAUAGUUUCCUGAAAGCCUUCAUAUCAAUGUUUACAUACCAUCCUCCCCUCCUCUUUUCAGGUCCUUCCUCAAUGAUUUGAAAAGAAAGUAGAAAUAAUUUAUCUAGAAAAAUUGAUAGAAGAUAUUAGGGAAAGCUACAUUUAAAGGCUAAUGGUCCAUAUAGUCCACUGUUCUAUGUAACCAAUGUUGGCUAGUAUUAGCUGCUAUGGAAGGAGCAAUAAAAUC